ACUGAGGGACAGACCUGCGCUCUGCGGAUCACUCAGCCCGGGCUCUGGAACUCUGGAUGGGCGCGCGGGGCUGAGCGGGGCUGCUAGAGCUCCUCUGCUGCCCGGACCUCGUUUUCCUCGCGCUGCGGCUGCAGAGUAUGAGCGAGCGGAGAGCGGAGCGGCGCGCAUGGCGGGCGGAGUGAGGAGGGCGCGCGGGGAGCCAGGCAGGUUCAGCCGCCGCCGCCGAUGCUGCUGCUGCUGCUGGAGCCCCGGAGCCGCACUGCUGCUGCUGAUGAUACUGCUGCUGAUGCGGCUACACAGCUGCACAGGGUCCAGCACGGAUGACUCAAGCUAUGAGGCGUCUGGAUCAUCAGUGUCUUCUCUGGACCAGGCCACCCUGGCCACCUCUCCUCAUCGUCCAACUGGCUUACUCAUGACCGAUGAGGAUCCCAUGUCAGUCAUGCAGUCGGAUCCUACCAGUCUGUCAAAGGGAAUCCGACAGGAACCAGCAUUCUCCUCCAUACUGACUCUACUGGCCGACUCAGCUGAAAAACCUCAGACUCCUCUUCAUUCAGGCUCUACUCUGGAAAGCUCAGUCAGGAUUGAUAAUGAAACCAGCCAAUCACCUUCAGAUGGUCCCUUUCAGAGAGCAGAGGCAUCCUUUAAGGCACCCUCUUCCUCUGCGGUGGUGCCCGGUGGCAACCAGUCCUCUGCCUCAGAGGACUCAGCGCUGGAGGACUGGGUUUCAGAGCUGAUGUCCUCUGUGGUUCAGACGUCCAGAGAGACCAGCCUCCGCUCGAAGAGAAAUGAAACUGGUUUGACUCGACAACGAAAGAAAAUCUCUACGUUUUCCAACAAAAACACACUGACACAAACAGAACCCACCACCCAGGAGACCACAGCCACCAGUGCCCCCCAGCUCACCACCGUCACCACCACCACUGUGGCCACCACCACUUCCACAACCACCACUCCCUCUCCAGUGACCACAACCACCCAACCCACCAGCACAACCCAGUUAACCAGCACCAGACCCACUACCACAACCACCACCACCACCACCACCUCUACUACUACAACUACAACCACUACUACAGCUAAACCUCCCAGAAUGAUAGCACCUGCCCGUCCCCCUACACGGACCACCACCACCACUACCACCACCACCCAGUCUCCCAGGACCAGUCCUACCAGAGCCACCACCACUACUACCACCACAACUCAGACUCCUCCAAUCAUCUGCAACAUCACUGAGAGAAUGUUGGUCAGAACAGUUUUGUCCAUCCACCUGCGGAGGAGCCGGCUGGACAGCAUCCUGAAGCAGAACCUGCCGAAGGGUCUGACUCUGGCUCUGAGGAAAGCUCUGAACGACAGCUCGGUCCAGGCUCAGAUUGAAAGUCUGACCAUAGUGCCCAACGUGACGUUGGGGUACUACGUUUCUCGGGGGGAUACGGUGUACAUGGCGUCGGUGGUGGUGGAGGCUCUGAAUGCUUAUGGCUUGGAGAGACUGAUGGCUGAUAUCCGGCAGUUUGUGCCGUUGGUGCAGGCGGCGCCGGUCCCGGCGGCCCCCUGGAGACCCACCCCGGCCAUUUCACUGAUGCUGAAGACAGUCCUGAGGUUUGUAGGGCCAGGAGACGACCUGUCGUCCUGCAGGUUUGCUCAGAUGAUGGAGGAGAGGCUGGAGAAUGCGUUUGCUGAGGCUGAGGUUAAAGUGCUGAACUCUUACAGCAGACUCACAGUACAGAUUCUGAGUGCGUCGCAGUCGUCCGGUUCUCCCGCUGUGUCUCUGAUAUACGUGGUGCGGAACGACAGCGUGGCUCUAAACGGCACCGUGGCCAGUAACCUGCUGAGCCAACUGACGGCUGAACUCGUGGGCUACUUCUUGUUUUACCCUCCUCUUAUCACUGCAGAGCCUUUGGAGUAUCACAACCUCAACACCUCUGCAGCAACUAAGGAUUUCUGGGUAAUCACAGUAAUUCAGGAUGUGGAGAACGCGUCUCUGGAGGGUCAGUACCAGAGCUUUGCCAGUUUGUUGGAGCAGCGCUUGGCCGAGCUCUUCGUUGUGGCCCAUCAGCAGGGUGCUCGCUUCAAACGGGCUACCACUGUGGGCAGCUAUACUGUUCAGAUGGUUGCUAUGAGGCGAGUGAGUGGACUGAAGAACCCUGCUGAACUGACCUACUAUGUCCAGCUAAACGGCACACCGCUCCCUGGAACAUCCGCUGCUAAAAUCCUCAACACAGUGGACUCUCAGACCAUGGCCCUCACACUGGGAUACUUUGUGCAGCUACAAGCUGAACCCGUGGUGAAGAUCCCGUCUAACAACCUCUGGAUCCUCGCUGCUGUUUUGGCUCCCAUUGGGGUCGUGACCAUCAUCAUAAUCAUCAUCACCGCUGUCCUGUGUCGCAAGAACAAAAGUGACUUCAAGACCGACGCCAUUGGCAACCUGAAUCCACGAGUAAAGACUGCAUACCGGAGAGACGUGGGUUAUUAUCAUCAGCCUGUUCAGGGGUUUGACUAUGCUAAGCAGCACUUGGGGCAGCAGGGUGGAGACGAGGAGACUCUACCAACCACCCAGGAGAAGCUGGUGCUGCCCCUGCCCAUCCGAGACGCCUCCCUCUCUCUAGAAAAGGUCAUCCGUCCAGACGGCACCAGCUCCAAAAAGGCUCUGACCAGCGAGACCAGGAAAAGCAGGUUGCCGAGCGAGGACGGUUCCGUCAUCAGCAGCGAAUCAGCGAAGGCCGUUCUGGGCCGAGGCUCGGCGCCGCAGAAAGUGACAGCACAGCAGAAACUCACAAAGGAGGAGAGCAGGAGCCGAAGCGAUCCGUACGACACCUCCUCAGGUUCUCUCCAGCUCAUCUCCAUAAAGCCUAUGGCAGCUCCGCCUUCCUACUCUCACCCAGCAUCCUCUGACCGCAGCCAGGAUUCAACUGUCCUGAAUGGAGAGGUGAGCAUGGCUCUGAAGCAGAAGUCAGACAUCGAGCACUACAGGAAUAAGCUGAGGCUGAAGGCUAAGAGGAAGGGGUACUAUGACUUCCCCUCGGCCGAGGGCAGCGUCAGCUCUAAGGCCGUGAGUCAGAGACAUAGGCAUGGUCAGGACCGAGCCGUCCACCCGCACAGCCCAGGAGCAGCGCACCCUCCCACCACCGCUCCGGAGUACGAGGACGAGCGAAGCUCCACCUACGUCAAGUCUCGCAGGAGGCACUCUCAGGUGAGAUACCCCACAUAUCGCAGCAGGCAGUCUUUGAACAGCCCCAGCCCUGGAGGAACUGAGAUGGACCUGCUGGUAAUGAGAGAGAGACCCAGGAAGGGCAUUCGCAACAGUGGCUAUGAUACGGAGCCCGAGAUCAUCGAAGAAACGGACGUAGAUCGUCUGGCGGCUCGUCGACAGUACGGAUACGGGCGUCAGGCCAAAAAUCACUCCGAGACAUCCACUCUGAGCUCACAGCCCUCUAUAGAUGAGGUGCGGCAGCAGAUGCACCUGCUGUUAGAAGAGGCCUUCAGCCUGGCUUCAGCUGGCCACUCCACGUCCAGCAGACGCCACCACUACCACCACCCGCACCAUCAGCACCAGCAGCUGAGCCCGUACAGCCCCGGGCCUCCUAUACCCUACUCAGAUGUGGUGACGAGCGCUCCCAGCACCAUGAACCAGGGAGGCCAAGGGGGUCUGCAGUGGGUUCCAGCGUACGGGCAGGACCUCUAUCAGUGCAGUCUGACCAAACCAACAUUCAGAUUCACCCAGCUGCCAGAGAUGGCCAUGGGCUCCCCUCCUCCACCCAUUCCUCCCAGAACAGGCCCACCUCCUGGGUCAUCACUGCGAAGGUCCUCCUCCGAUCUUGGCCCAAAGGCUCGAAGCUCUGAAUCAUCCGUGCCAGACAUGCAGAGUCAGCACGGCAGCGCCCCCUACGUGCCAGUCAGCAGAGCGCCACUCCCACCUGUCACCACAGAGCCUAUACCCAAUCACUCAGGAAACCCCAUGACUGCUGUGUAUGCUAUUCCAGCCAGCAGACCAGGAUACACAGGCUACUUCAUCUCAACACCCCCUUCCUCCUACCACAGUCCAUCCUGGAUGUCUUACCCCCCCGAGCCAGAGGACGUGCCCUCACAGUGGGCUGAUUCAGUGCCCUUGCCGGGCUAUGCAGAAGCCUUCCCGCACCCACGUUACCCUCAAGGCAGCCCUCUACUGUGGAAGCACAGCCAGGCCAUGUCUCCUCAGGGGGCACCAGAGCCUCCAUCUCCAUCCAUCGCGGCUUCCCAGCAGAGCCUGACCGACCCUGGGGACCUGAUCAGCCCCGACACCCCCCUCAGCAGCCUCUCCACCUCUGCCCUGGUCAAGGCCAUCCGCGACGAGGUGGCCAAGCUGGCCAAGAAGCAGGCUGACAUGUUUGAGUUCCAGGUCUAGGUCUAAGUCUAGAACUCCCGCUCCCUCUAGUGGCUGGGAGGACAAACUGCACUUACAGUACCUGUGUGCACUAAUUCUUGAAGAAUCCAGGACGUCUGCAUUUGGGUUCAGCAUUUAGGACUUUUGUACAGACAGUGCGUUCUUGUAUUCUACCGGAUACUUCAACCUUCCUGCAACUUAAAAGGUUUAUGUGUUUUAUGCAAAGCCUGCUUGUUGUUUCUACAGCUGUGUUUUUCCCUAUUAUAAACAUGUAGUUCAACAUAAAGACAAGACAAACCGGAGAAAGUGAUGCAAGUUUGGACACAAGGCCCAUGUGAUGUGUAUCAUCAUUAAAUCUAUCGCCAAACUUCACUCCAAACUCCACGCUGGCGAGAGUGAUGAAAUGUUAUAAUCCAGUCAUUAUGAAACAAUUGUGCAAGUGUGUGCAAUAAUAAGAAUACUAUAAAGAAAGAUCUUUUCAUCUCAA